GAUAAAUAUCACAAAACGAAUUUCUGAGCUGGAGUAUCCUUGGAUCACCAGUGGAUUCUAUAGAAAGUUUCAUACGAGUAAGAUAGGCUGCUCGUCCUUUUGGUUCUUUAUAACAUAAUGAUCUAGGCUGGUCCGACUUCAUUGUAAAAGGAUGCGCUGUCCAAGUCGGUGUCUCCACUAAAUAGAUGUCUCCAUAUGUGUGACAUGAAUACACUACUGUCGUCACCUGUGUAAGCAGUAGAAGUACACACAAAAGCUUCGGGUAAUGUAACAGCAAUCCCGCAACUAAAAUAAACAUUUAGCCUAAUGAACGGAACGAUGCCCAGGAGUUCGUUAGCGACGACCGCGGACGUAGCUGUCCGGCGGACAGUUGGAUCGGUAACAACUCCUCCUGCACCAACCACAACACCGCUCCGGUUACCUGGGGUGAUGGACGCAGAAGGGAGAGUGGACGAAUCAAGGUUGCGAAUGCACAUUUUCAAAAACGGUGGUGUGUCUCCCACAGAGCGUGGCCUGGUGUGGCGUUUCCUGUUUGGGAUGUACCCCUGCAGCUCCACCGCUCUAGAGCGCCCCCUGCUGCAGGAGCAGCUAGCCGUCCGCUACCAGGUCAUGAAGAGGAAGUGGAAGCAGAUGCUUCCUGAUUCCAUCCGGCUGAGACUCAACGGCACUGAUGCUGAGUUGGUGGAAGCGGUGCGCUACUUCGACCAGAGGCAGGCCCACGCCCAGCAGCAGGACCAGCAGGAGGAAGUCAGAGACAAGCUAGCCUUCCUGGAGCUCCAGGCACAGGUGUUGUUUGAGCGGGUAACCUUUGACCUUGAGGAGCUCCAAGAGGCUAUUCGGAUCAUUGACAAGGAUGUGCCUCGAACUGACAGAGACCUGGACUACUACUUGGGUGAAGGAUCAGGAAAUCUCUUGGUGUUGAGGAACAUUCUCAUCACCUAUGCUGCUUUUCACCCAGAGGUCAGCUACGCCCAGGGGAUGAACGACUUGUGCAGCCGGUUCCUGGAGGUCAUGGACUCUGAGGUGGACACGUUCUGGAGCUUCUCCUGCUACAUGGAGAAGUUCUCUAAGGACUUCACGGCGGAUGGACUACACAGGAAGAUCGAGCUGGAGGCGGCGCUGCUUAAGGAACUAGACCCCCAGCUCUACGCCCACUUGGUCACAGACAACAUGGAGAGUUUCACAUUCUGUCAUAGGUGGCUGCUGCUGGGCUUCCAGAGGGAGUUUGAACACAGUGAUGCUCUGCGUUUGUUUGAGAUCCUGAGUUGUGACCACCUGGAACUCAUCUCACAGCAGGUGGAGCGUGCCCGCUACCAGGAGAGGCUGGCAAGCAAACACAGCAUAGUUCCAGAGGAUAAUCUGCUGACGGAGCCCCAGGCCAUUAACACAGACUUCACCUUUGAACUCUUCAUCUGCGCCACCAUCCUGUUGGAGAACAGAGAAUCUUUGCUAAGAUGCAGGAACGAUGUACAGCUCAUCCAGUUCACAAGCAGCCUUCAGGGGACUCUCGAUCUGAACUUCACCCUGAAGAAGGCCGAGGAACAUUUCUACAACUACUGCAAGCGCUCCGCCUGGGACUACAUGAACAUACACUGCCGGACUCGCAAGAACAAAGAUGAACACUUCUUGUACCAGCUCCGUAGCUUCUUCUCCUGAGUCGAGGCGGGUCCAGCAGAACCCAGAAGUUUCAGCUUGAACCUGGAGAAACUGUGGUCUGGACUCACAACAAGAGAGACAGAACGAGAGACUUAUCGCAUAUAAGACUAGAACCCUCUUAAUAGGAUUUUAGGUGCACAUACCCUGCCAAAAAGUGUUGGCAUUUGUAAUCCUUGGAAGUCUAUGCUCAGGGAAUUAUGCUGCUUAACCCCCAAUUCCUUCUACAUUUUUUUCAUAUAUAUUUUGAGACAUAUUUGAUUGAAAGUGUUCUAUGGAUGAGUAAGUAUCAGACACGAAAAUGGUUACGUUGAAUGCUAACUUGAAUACUCACGUAGUGGGUGCAGGGUUUGAGUUUGAUGUUAAAUCCAUCCUAGAGAAUUUACUUCAUCAUCUGGGUGGCAUAUUGGCAAGGAUGGAUGAAUGUUUUGACCCUAAUCUGGGAUUAAAAACCCUGGAAGAAAACAAAUCUCCCAGAAAAACGUGGACCAGAGUAUGACCUGUACGACUGCAACAGGUGUAAUGUGUAAUGUACUAUAAAUGACUUGAGGUGUGCUAUCUCAUGUCUUAGUGGGCCUGUGUAACAGGAGGAGCCGUCCACUGGUGCAGUUCUGUGAAAGAGCAGAGGGGGGGGGGGGGGGGUGUACAGGAGGAGGAAGAGGAGAAGGUGCCGUGAGAGUGGUUGAAGAGCACCCAGUACUCUGUAUAUUAGAGAGUGUCACAGCUUCCAGGAAUAGCUUGAGGCAUGGACAUCUCUUUGGAGCCAUGGAAACGCUGACAGGAUCUUGCUUCUUUAAGUAUGCACCAGCUGUGUUGCAGGGUAUACGUUUGGUGGUUUGUCUGAGGGAUCAGUUGGAUCACUGUAAAUUGAUGGAAUGGUUUUCCCAGACAUGGAAAGCUUAUUUUUUCAAAACCGGCAUCGACUUUUGAUGGAAUGUGUGUGAGAAUCAGAGGUUUUGUCAGUGAAUGCAGAAUCGGUUUUCGAUGACCUCAAAAAUAUCUAUCCUAUUGUUAUUACAGUACUGCACAUGAAUGAAUAGCGUCAGAAAUGUUAUGUGUGAGACAUUCCUAUCCAAGCAGAGACUUUUGUGUAGAAGCCAGUGGGGCCAGGGAAGUGAGAGAAUACUGAAAGAGGUUUUAGGUCAGACAGAAAGAAGGGGUGUAUUUUAAGUUAGUAACUUGACAUUUUAUCUUAAGUUUGACAGUGUAGAAUUUGCCUAGUCACAUUGAUAUCCCAAAAGGGUUUUUAUUGUAGGGAUUGUUUAUGGUGGUCAAAAGUAAACCGUUUUUAAUGUAAAAAAAUUAAGUUGUGUAAAUGUGUUAACUUUAUAGGAACACUGUGUCUUUGUGCACUUCAUGUACACAGCUUUCCUGCUUUGUCAUGCUUCACACAGACCAAUGGAUUGAUUUCAUGUUGUCUCCACAGUGUGAAAUGUACCAUGUGAGUCGGUAUAAUACGUUUGCUCUGCAUUUCUGGUGGAUUUCCUGCUGUGAAAAGCCAGUGGUGUUCCUAACUGCAUAUCUCACAAACCAGCCCAGAGAUCAUGUGAAUCCCAUUAAGCGUGCCCCAAACUCACCCCUCAUUCAUUCUCAGAUAGAAGGUAUGGUUCAAGUUAGUUCAAUAAAAGUAUAAAAUAAUAGGAAGUGUUCAAGGUGAAUUCAAAGUGCCUCAUUGUUGUUUUUUAUCAUUCCCUUGCCCAAGGGAGUUAACAGUAUUACUUAACGGGUACAGAGUGACACAAGCCUGGAACUUUCUCUGGGAGAGUCACCUGACCUUUGAAGGAAUCUCUCCCGACUGUGUUCAGUGGCUAUAUAUGCUGAAGAUUCGAGACACUCAUCCUCUUGGUCUGCCUGUCUACGAGAGGGAGAGGAGCGUUGCAGUGGAACAUAGCUGCCGGGGUAGUGUUGAGGGUGAAAAUAAAGUUGUAAACUCA